GCGCUCGGGCGGGACCUGCUCCUCUUGGUACUGCGGCGGGGCUGCUGCUGCUGCUGCUGUCCCGCAUCCCCGACGCGUCUGUCCGCUCGGCCCGCAGUCCCCGCCGCCGCAUCGCCCCGCGGGAGGCGGAGAGAACGCCGCUAGUCGUGGCCAUCCGCAGGUCCGCGGCCAUCCUCAGGUCCGCGGCCGUCGCCGAGCUCAGCCCUCUCCUGGGUCCGCACCGCAGGCGCCGCUCUCAGUCGCCAUGGGGCUCCUGGACGCGGGGCCGGACAGUGUCCUGAGCGCUGUGUCCACAGCGCUCAACGACACGGUGGCGUUCUACCACUGGACCUGGUCCAUCGCAGAUAAACGCGUGGAGAACUGGCCUCUCAUGCAGUCCCCAUGGCCGACUCUCAGCAUAAGCACUCUUUACCUCCUGUUCGUGUGGCUGGGUCCGAAGUGGAUGAAGGACCGGGAGCCGUUUCAGAUGCGCUUCGUGCUUAUUAUCUAUAAUUUUGGGAUGGUUUUGCUUAACUUUUUUAUCUUUAGAGAGUUAUUCAUGGGAUCAUAUAAUGCAGGAUAUAGCUAUAUUUGCCAGACUGUGGAUUAUUCUAAUAAUGUUAAUGAAGUCAGGAUAGCUGCUGCCUUGUGGUGGUACUUCGUAUCUAAAGGAGUGGAGUAUUUGGACACAGUAUUUUUUAUCCUGAGGAAGAAAAACAACCAAGUUUCUUUCUUGCACGUGUAUCAUCACUGUACCAUGUUCACACUGUGGUGGAUUGGAAUUAAGUGGGUUGCAGGAGGACAAGCGUUUUUUGGAGCCCAGAUGAAUUCCUUUAUUCAUGUGAUUAUGUAUUCAUACUAUGGAUUAACUGCAUUUGGCCCGUGGAUUCAGAAGUAUCUCUGGUGGAAGCGGUACCUGACCAUGCUUCAGCUGGUCCAGUUCCAUGUGACCAUUGGGCACACAGCAUUGUCUCUCUACACUGAUUGUCCUUUCCCCAAAUGGAUGCACUGGGCCCUGAUUGCCUAUGCAAUCAGCUUCAUAUUUCUCUUUCUCAACUUCUACGUAAGGACAUACAAUGAACCUAAGAAAACAAAAACUGGAAAAACAGCCAUAAAUGGUAUUUCAGCGAAUGGUGUGAACAAAUCAGAAAAACAACUAGUGGUAGAAAAUGGAAAAACUCAGAGAAAUGGAAAACCAAAAGGAGAGUAAAUUGAACUGGGCCUUAACUGUUGUUGACAGUAAGGAAACUCCUAUGUCAUGUAAAAUUUCAGGGAAAACAGAGGAGGAAAGGAGGGCUUGGGGUGGGGAGAAAAGGCAAAUGUGCUUCAUGUACUAGUAACCUGUACACUGAGUCAAGUGUUAACUACAAUACCUGGAUGUUUUAUUUAUGAAGUUUUCAUUUUAAACCUUUUUUUAAAAAAAUUAACCUUGAUGUUGUCUAGACCAAAGCAGUAAUAACAUGACUUUGGAGACUCCUUUUCAUACCCACUUGCCUACAAGUGAAAGUUUUUGCGUAUCUUACGUGCACCCAUCCUUCAGUCUGAAUUUUGAAUGAUCACACAUACAUGGUCUUCAUGGGUUUUUUGACUGGAUUACCAAUUACCUUAACUGAUUAAAAUGUUUUACCUUACAUUUUAUUGUCCAAAGCUAUAAAAGUGGUACAUUAAAAUUUGCACAUUUGAAUUUGUUGACUGAAUAGUCAAAUCUCUCCACCUCUAGUCAGAAUAUAUACUUUUGGUUAUAAUUAAAUUUAAAAAGUCGGCUCAUCUCUGUAGAAUCUUAGAGGCUUGAUGAUGAUGGUGUUGGUGAAAUUAGAAAAGAAUUACAGUUUAAUUGUGUAUGACCCAAAGGUCACCAUGACUCAUGGCACAAAUCACUGUGGGAGACAAUUUUUGUGAUGAAAAGACAGCCUUUGAAUAAUCCUAUUUGUAGCAGAAAUGUAUUAUGAAAAUUAAGAUUAUUGUCUUAUUGAAACAUGAAACGACUCAUGUCUUUAUUAGUAACAUCAGAUAAUUACAUUUAUGUGCUGUUAGAAGAAGGUAUGUUGAUUUUGAUGAGACUUUCCUUGUUUUGAUUUGUGACUGUUACUGAUUUUUUCAUAUGUUGAAAUAUACCUACCUCUUCUACUGGAACGAACAUUUAAAAUUAAAUAAAUUUAAUUUAAAAAAUCAAGGAGUCUUGUUAUGUAAAUUUUAAUUUUCACUUUUGAAUCCACAAUUUUUUUUGGCUUUUUUACAAAUAGCAUACACCAAACAUUUCUGUGAAACUAUCCCUCUCUUUCAAUAUGUUUAAUUUUGGGAGUGAUAUUUCCUUUGUAACUAAGUUGCAAAAUUUUAUUCAUUAACUAGAUAUGAAGUGUAAACCCAUUUGGUAAAUGUGCUUGACUCCUUGGUGCUAAGGAUGUUAAUUCAGUGCUUGAUUUUACUGUGUUAAUCGUUAAAACAUAAAGUGAAUAAAAGCAUUUUAUUCAGAACAAUCAAAACAAUCAAGUUACACUUGCUAUUUACAAAUGAAGUAUUUCAUGUAACAGAAAUGAACAAGUGGAAAUAAAGAAGGAAAGAGAACAUGUACCAUGCUUUAUUAUGUAGGCUAAUUUGUAAGGGAGCUGUCACAGAGGAGUCAUAGAAAGAGAAAACGUGACAGAAGUGACGUGACUAUUUCCAAGUUAAUUCACACUUUGUCAAAACUGCAUGUGUAGGAUGUGUGCUAUUUGUACAAACUAUUUCAGAAUAUUUUGUAAACUAUAAAAUAUUUAUUGUGCAUUAAAAUUAUGUAUUUUUCCCUGAAAAGCAUGCAGUCAUGAGAAUUACAGGAAAUUUGCAACACAUGCAGUAGUUUGGUCCAGGAGGAUUCUACACCUUUGUUUAUGCUCCUCAGUGUGUAAUGACUAGAGAUUUGUAAAUCUUUGUGAACAUUCUGUACUGAUUCCCAAGAGCUAUUCAAUCCUUGUUAUCUGAUUUUAGCACAAUAAAUAUACUAUUGCUGUGAGAAAAUAA